GGUCUCACUCCUGCUGCUUUUUCCUUCUUUUUGGCGUAAUAUUCCCAGCUGAAUAUCGCUCACAUCGAUCAUCUACUAAACCACUGAGGAGACGCGUGUGUUUUGAUUGCAGUUUAUUAGAUGAAAACGUGAAGCUGUGACUGUUUGGAGUCCAGGAUCGAGAUUUGAGAAGGGUCGGUUUUUUUCCCUAAGUUUCCGAGUUUCAGACGGAGGAGUGUUUGUGGAAGAGGAGAAGUGAAGGAGGUACAAGAGAGGCCGUGUAUAAGUGACAGCAAAGCUUCUUACUUGCUCCCUGCAAUGCUGACCAUAAUGGUGGUAUGGGAGUAACGUGACAGUGGGGGUGGAUCUCCAAGCUCUCGACACACAGACAAACACACAAUGCCUCUGUCUGGUCCAAGAGGCCGGCUGGAGUAAACGAGGAACGUCGCGAACGCCAGCAUGGACGAAUCGGCCCUCCUGGAUCUUCUGGAGUGCCCGGUUUGCCUGGAGCGGCUGGACGCCACGGCGAAGGUUCUGCCGUGCCAGCACACGUUUUGCCGGCGCUGCCUGCUCGGCAUCGUGGGAUCACGUGGCGAGCUGCGGUGCCCGGAGUGCCGAACACUGGUGGAGAGCGGCGUGGAUGAGUUGCCCAGCAACAUUCUCCUCGUGCGUCUGCUCGAUGGAAUCAAGCAGCGGCCAUGGCGAGCGGGCACGGGCUGUGCCAACGGCUUGGCCGGUGGGGGAGGCAGAGAGCAGACGAAUGCAGGAGGGCAGCCCCAGAGAGUGCAGACCAAGAGUACCCCAGUCAGGGGCGUGCCCCAGCUCCCCUGCGCCAAGGCCUUGUACAACUACGAUGGCAAGGAGCCCGGUGACCUCAAGUUCAGCAAGGGAGACAUCAUCAUCCUUCGCCGCCAGGUGGACGAGAACUGGUACCACGGUGAGAUGGGCGGAGUUCACGGCUUCUUCCCCGCUAGCUUCGUGCAGGUCAUCAAGCCGCUUCCGCAGCCGCCGCCGCAGUGCAAGGCGCUGUACGACUUCGAGCUAAAGGACAAGGAGGCUGACAAGGACUGCCUUCCUUUUUCCAAGGAUGAUAUUCUCACAGUGAUUCGGCGGGUGGAUCAGAACUGGGCUGAAGGAAUGCUGGGAGAUAAGAUUGGCAUCUUUCCCAUAUCAUAUGUAGAGUUUAACUCUGCCGCACGGCAGCUCAUCGAGCUGGACAAAGUACCAGACGACUCAGCCGAGGGUUCAUCCUCGGGACAUCAGACAAACGGGGCACAGAAAGCCUCAGGGGAGAAGAAGAACAGCAAGAAGCGUCACUCGUUUACCUCGCUGUCCAUGUCCCAUAAACCGUGUCUGGCUCCACCGCCCCAGCGCCACUCCAUGGAGAUCAGUGGGCCGGUGCUCAUCAGCUCCUCGAACCCGACAGCGGCUGCUCGAAUCAGCGAGCUCAGUGGUGGCCUGUCGUCCAGCGCCCCCUCACAGGUUCACAUUUGCACGUCUGGCCUGAUAGUCACUCCACCUCCAAGCAGUCCAGUAACGACAGCGACAGUCUUCACAUUUCCUCCUGAGACCAGCUAUGCUUCAAUUUCAGUGGAUACCUUGCCACCUCUUCCACCGCCUCCCCCACAAUCCAUCACUGUGGUCGCUGCCUCCUCUUCAGCCUCCGGGCAGAGACCCUCCACCGCAGCGACUGACCAGAGUGGACGUCAGAGACCCACAGUUUAUGUGGCGAUGUUCCCGUACACACCGCGGAAGGAGGAUGAGCUGGAGCUCAGGAAGGGUGAGAUGUUCCUGGUGUUGGAGCGUUGUCAGGAUGGCUGGUUUAAGGGAACCUCCAUGCACACUGGCAAAAUCGGAGUGUUUCCUGGAAACUACAUGAGUCCUGUCAGCAGGACCGUGGCGAGCAACAGUCAGCCCAAAGUGCCGUUGACGAUGUGCACUCAGGCCGGACGUGGCGUCACCAUUGUUAGCCCCUCGUCCUCUGCGCUCGGAGCUUCUCUGGCUGGCGCGGACCCCAGCAAGCCCCUUCAGAUUUGCACGGGUGCCGCUCCCACCAGCCCUCUCCCGGUGCCCGUGGUGACAGCAGCUCAUGUGCCUCCGGGUCAGCACCCUAAAGCGCUGAUGCACGUGACUCCUCAGAUGACGGUCAACCAGGCACGAAAUGCUGUUAGAACAGCAGCCUGUCACAAUCAAGAUCGUCCCACUGCGGCUGUAACACCCAUCCAGUCCCAGAAUGCCAUGGCGUUCCUGCCUCACUUGGCUGUGUGUCCUCCGCAAUCAUCCGGCCAGAUCCCUAUCUCCACCUCUAACCCCGCCUCGAACAGAAUGGGAGUUGCACUGGGCUGUGCUGCCGCCUCUCUCACUCCACCCAACAUCAGCGCUGCUUCUCUGGAGGUCGAUGGCCUGAGAUCCACCACCAUGGUGGCUCUUCCCGUUGCUACCGUCAACGGCAAGCCCCUCGGUGCCACGGCAACCAAUCUGGCUCCUGCUUGUAGACUGGAUAAGGAUUCCAAGAGGGAGAAGAAAGGUCUGUUGAAGCUGCUGUCCAACAAGAAGAAGCAACGCCCUUCUCCCCCAUCCUCACCAACUCUGGAGACUGAGCAGGCUGUCGGCACCGAAAUGCCACAGGGUGCCAUGGCACCUGAAAUGGUCAUGCCUGUCCAGGCACCGGUUGUCGCUGGAAACCAUUGCCGGUCUGUGCCCUGUCCUGUGGAACCUGACACGUCUGGGUCGUCAAAUGCUGACACGGCACAGUGGAAUGGGAGGAAUGGCAGCCAGGAUAACACAGCCCCUAUUGCACCACCGCCACGGCAACCGUGUUCCUCGCUGCUCUCUGUGCAGCACGACGGACGACCAAUCUUGUGCGAGAGGUACAGAGUGGUGGUAUCCUACCCCCCGCAGAGCGAUGCUGAGCUGGAGCUGAAGGAAGGCGACAUCGUGUUCGUGCAUAAGAAACGAGAGGACGGCUGGUUUAAAGGCACGCUCCAGAGGAACGGCAGAACGGGCCUCUUUCCCGGCAGCUUCGUCGACAGCAUCUGACUCGUAAGCUCGCUUGCCAUCAAGCAUCCUAAUGCCAAGCUGUUAGCUGCUUAGCAGCUGCUUUCGCCUGGAACACUGUUGGCAGUGAUGGACAAAAAACAACACACAAAACUCCAGGUGUGAUCCAAGCACAAAUCAGCCCUGGUUUCUCUAAACCUAUCCUGGAUGCCAUGAAGCCCUGCAGGACGUGUACUUGCAUUUUUACACAGUGAAGAGCCCCCUGCUGGGCAAAUGUAAUAAAAUAACUUAAAACCUGGGCCUUGGGCAUGUCCAGGUGCUGAUCUUAACAUAGCCUUUAGCAACCGUCGUGGUGAUGAUCCGUUAUUUAUGUACCUGUGAACAUGUCAGAGGUUUAAAUGUGUGCCUUGGAUGGCUUUACUUUAUUGUAUAUAAUCAAGUAUAUGAGUCUGAAACAAACUGUAUGAACUGAAUGAGGCUGGAAUAUGAGUUUAACUCUCUUUUCUAUUAUAAUUAGUCUUGAUUGUUUAGUAUUGAUGGAUGACUGAUGUAGGUGGAGCUGUGUGAACGAAUGAUUGGUAACCCCAGACCUGUCACUGGCCACUUUUGUAGAGGUGGAUUGAUGACAUCACUGAUCACUCAUUGCUUCAACAGUAUGGAUGUCCAGUCAGACUACUGUUGAUCUCUCAGUGUGAGAGUCAGAGUUAAAUUACUACUGAUUUAAAAAUACAGAUUUUUUUUUACUUAUUAUUAAAGCAUUAGGAAUAUGAAAUAGGAAAAAAACUAUGUAUUGAUUGUUACUUGUUACCAUUUUCUAAUCAUGUCUGACUAGAUUUGAGGCCGUUACUAAGUAGGCGUGCACUAGUCCUGUUUUUUUUUUUUUUUUUUUUCUCCUAAUGAGGUCAAAAGUUUACAUACACAUCACAUGCCAUGCCAAACGACCACUGUUCCAUGUAUGUUCUACUGAGGGAAGUCUAUCUAGCCCUGUUUAUAUGGAUGCCAAAUGUCAAAAGCUAUAUUCAGUUACAAUGUUAAAUGGCAUACAACGUGCUUGGGUAGUGCAGCGAUCUACUAUGCUAGCCCACCGUUGAUGAGACCCACCUUUGAUUCUCAACGGUGUUGUAGGCCGGCCUGGUGCCUAUGCAGACUUGAUUGGCUAUGUCUAUGGGUGUAAAAUAGCCAAAGCCCUGUGAUGGAUUGGCACCCAGUACAGAGUAUUCCUGCCUUGUGGCCAGUGUUUCCCAGUGAAACCAGUCCAGCCUCGACCCUGACCAAUAUAAAGAAAAGAAAAAAGGACCUAACACACCCAAAUUUGUUAAACAAAAGUUGCUGUAUGUAUAUUUUUGACCUAGAUUUUUUUUUUUUACAAUAAAGAAAUGAAAGAACUCGAUUUUUUCCAAUUUUUUGAGCAAAGCAAUGUGUUUCAUUCCAGUCACAGAGUAAAAAAGACCAUGAGAUACAAACCUUACAGGUGUACAUAAACUUUUGACCUCAGCGUUUGACCUUAACACUCGGCGCCAUCAUUCUGAGAUCCAAACAUCAGAAACCAGCAGCCUAGCUUGCUUACUUUUCAUUAACCUUGUCUCUUGUCCAGUGAAAUAAUAUCUAAAAUUACAGUUAAAAGCUCAAACCGUUUAAUAUGAAAGUUUUAUGAUCAAGUCAUCACAACCAGUGUUGCAAUAUAUUGUAAUAAUAAGGUUUUAUACUUUACUAGGUUAGGUAUGAGAUCCAUUUUGCAAGAUAUUCCAAGCAUUUACAAAUCACUUGAUACUCCUGUAUCCACUGUGUGUCGACCUGAACUCUGGGUCAAGGCUGCUUAAUUCCACAGACCAGCUCCCUACUUUAGGUGGUGGUCUCUAGCACACUGUCUUGAGCCACUCCAGAUUCAGCAUAAUGUUUAUAUAUAUUUUCUUUAUUUGGGUGGAUAUUUAUUCAAUUUUCUUCCCAAUUCUAGACAUUGCCAAUUCCCAGCCACUAACUUGACCAUAUUACUUAAGCACAAAGUGAUCAUACUAUGUGCUGUUGAGACAAAUCUGCCAAACACCUCUUUAUGAACCCUUCUUGUGCAAUGGCUGGCAUCACUGGGCUGAUGGGAAACAGUUAUGCCAUUUCUCCCAGUUCAAAAGUCAGUAGGGUCACAGCUUCUGGGAAUUGUUGUCUUCUGUCUGUUGAUUUUUGGUCAGUAAGCACUUGGGUUUAGUUGCAGUUUAAGUUUUUGGUGAAAUAGUUGUAAUAAAAAAAUAAAAACAAAGAAUUUGCCAGUUUGCAAAAUACCUUCAGGUUGGUCAUCUCUUAGGUGUAUUGUAUAUCCUUUGUAAACAGCGACACUCAGUGGUCAGAGAUGGAAAACCAGCCAGUCAUUCCUUAGAGUUGUAUUACCCUGUCCUGACUAAUCUUUAACUUUAAGAACCAGCUAACCCGGGGUCUGUUUUACUGCAGUUCGUCUCAAUCCAUUUCCUCCCUAAUGUCAAACCUUUUUAAAUGAAUUUCCCCCACCUUUACUCAAUUACUCAAUCGCAUAUUGCUUUGUUUACUGCUGCAGACCUCAUGGGGCUCAGUAUUAGAUUCCCAUUAUCUCCCUCCUCUGUGCAGGUGCAGGUCCCUACCCGACAAACAAGUCAAUUAUUGUCCAUUUUCCAUAGUGUCCAUUGUCAAAGCUCUAAUUUGAAUCUGCUAAUUUGAUACCAAUAUUUACUUAAUAACAAAGUCGACUCACUUUAUGAUUCUUUCAUGCCAGAUGUGUCCAUGUUUUAACACAGCUAAAUAAACAUACAUGAUCUGUGUUGUAAACUAUCUCAAUUUUACACCAAUCCAGUAUUUCAGUGUCUCAGUAUCUCAGAGAUGUGUGCACCUUUGCACCUUUAUUAAAUCUGCAGUGUGUAAAUGUUGGUCAUUUGGCGACCUCUCUGGUAGAAAUAUGUUACUGCAAGCAUGUUAACCAGCAUUUGCAUUAUAGUAUAUCCAUUGAGACUUACAAUAAUGCAACGUGGCAGUGGUGGGACGGAAACCAGCGACCUUCUGAUUACUAGUACAAUACUUUAACCUACCGCUUGAGCUACUACUGCCCAGCAUUUGUAAGCCCCAGCAGCCCCACCAGUAUGGUUUAAUACAGUUCUUGCAGGUAACAAGUACACAUUCCAGUGUGCCAAAUUCGAGCGUCUGUGUUUACUCACUCCAGCACAAACCCUUUGUUUUUAAUUGUAUUUUUUUCUUUAUUGUCUUAAUGAUUCUACUUUUUGUACUGUACUCAACAAAAAUGGUGCAGCUGACAAGCCUCUGAGUGGCAGUGACUGAUGGGUUGUAUUAAAAACAGUGAAAAAAAUUGACUGAGCACCUGUAAUGAACCUGCUGUAGUUUUUAGUCAGUAAUGGUGUAAGGGAACAUUUAUAUUGUCUAUAAUUAAUGAAAAUACACUCCAUAGAAAAUCAUCUGAAUGGUGGUGGUGUACUUUUUAAACCGUACUUAAAGUGUAGAGCUGGCAGCUCUCAAGUGUUCCUGUGAUCAUGAAAGCACAUGAAUAAUAAAUCCAGUACUUUAUGAUGAUCCAAUUAUACCUGCAGUUUCAAA